AUGUCACUACCGACCGAGUUAUGCGAGUGGUGCGACAAAAUCUUCUUCGAUCCAGAAACUCUCUACUAUCUGUUCUGGGAGACCCGCGAGAUUACCCACUACAGCCUGGGUCCUGGCUCCCGGGUUCAGAACAGCUCCUGUCCGUUCUGUCUGCUUGUAGCCCAAACCUUUUACGGCAGUCACAAGACGCUCGCAGAGAUCGAGGAUGUGGAAGUCUCAUGGCAAGAAACAGUUCCCGGUCGCCGGGCGUUCCAGGUCUGGGGAUCUAGGGACGAUACGUAUAUUGCAUUUGCUACGGAAAGCGCCCCAGGCGACGUCUCGAGGCGCCCGUCUGCCUCGCGUGGGACAAGACUGAGCUACUAUGUCGAAGAAACCACGAAGCCCAUGAUUGAUAUUCAUCGCAUAUUAAGUUGGAUUUCUUCGUGUGACGAGCUUCACCGAGACAAAUGCAGCCCUCCGGCAACCCUAUCGUUUCAUGACGCUUACCGACGCUUGCCUGUCAUACGAUUCAUCGAUGUCAAUGCCAACUGCAUCGUUGAGACCACAAGUCUGGUCCAAUAUAUUGCAUUGAGUUACGUCUGGGGAGCUGUGCCCAGCAUCCGGCUCACUAAGACAAACAGAUCUCCUUUGCUCGAGCCGGGCUCCCUUGAGAAGCUUGUAGACUUGGUUCCCUGGACAAUACGAGAUGCUAUUGUCCUCGUUAGAAAUCUUGGUUGCCGGUAUCUAUGGGUAGAUGCCUUGUGCCUCGUUCAAAAUGAUGAGGAGGAUCUCCUUAGAGGCGUCAAUGCGAUGGAUCUGAUAUACGAGCGAGCCUGGCUCACCAUUGUGGCCAGCUGUGGCUACAAUGCAAAUUUCCGUCUUCCAGGAGUUCAAGAGGGAACGAGAAAGGCAUGCACCAAUACGGUUGAGGUUACACUCGGAACCAAGCUAGGCGUUAUUACGGAACUAGACGAGUUGCUCAUGGGAACGGUAUACGAAACCCGGGCCUGGACAUUCCAGGAGCGACUCCUAUCUCACCGCACUCUCUACUUUGUCGACGAGCAGCUGUUUUACCGCUGUCGAGGAGCAGAUCAGGCUGAACACUACGCGGAUAUCCCAGCACAGAACGAGGAAUACCCAGCAGUGUCAGCAACAGCAGCGCUAUCGCAAGCAAUACUCCUACAUAACCCACCAACCGAUUAUAGACACAUGCUUUUCCAUUACAGCAGGCGGCUAUUGACAAACCAGAAUGACGCGCCCCGGGCAAUGGCCGGCAUCAUGAGGCGAUUCGCCGAGGCCUUGUGCUGCGAGUUCUUCCAGGGAAUACCCGUGGCCUUUUUCGAUUACUUCCUCGUCUUCCAGCCAUUCUAUAGCUUUCUGAACCGGCGCUCUACCAUGCCGAGUUACUCGUGGACAGGCUGGCAGGGAAGCAUUACAUUUCACGCGACCUCGCCCGAAUUAUACGAUAUAGGCAUCCCCACGGGCUACCUCCAAUUAGAACCCGAGUACAACGAAGAAUGGCUCGACAAGGCGACUUGGGUAAUCUGGUACAAGAGGAGUCCAUCUGGAGUCACUAGUCUGGUCUGGGAUCCUUCUGCGAAUACCGAUCCGGCUGACGAGACCUCUGGGUAUCGCAACUGGUCACUCUUUAAUGACGGUGGCCGCUGUGUUCCGCUAGGAACUGAUCCUACCCAGACGGCACCGUCUCAAGCACUAUCGUUCUCCCGAGAGCCACCCCCCUACCCUAUGCUACAGUUCUGGACGAUGUCAGUCUUUUACAACAUUACUGAUGUUGACGUAUUCAACGGGGUAGCUGACAUAGAGGAUUUCCAUGGCGAGAAAUGCGGCCGUGUCGGUCUGGACGCCUUAGAGGAUCUGGAGCAUUUCGACUUUACACGGCCAUUCCAGUUUAUUCUUCUUUCAGAGUGCUGGGCACCCAAGAGCAUUAUCGAGGAGAGAUUGGCAGAGGAACAGGAUGAGGAUGACAACAAUGCUCCAGAAGAGGACUUGAAGUACUAUAAUGCCUUGCUUACAGAGUGGCAGGGGGGCAUUGCGGAGAGGCGGGGUUUUGCUGUUAUACUUCAAGACGCCGUGGAGAAUAGUCUGCCUCCAGGCCCAGAGUGGAAGGAAAUAUUACUCGCAUAA